AUGGUUAUCGUCGACCCGAAGAUCACGGCUAAGACGGAGAGGCUGCUGAUUCGGCCUCUGAUGAUAGAAGACGCAGAAGACAUUGUGCUGAUGCGCAGCCAUCCAGAGGUGAUGAAACAUACACCUCUGCUACCUUCUGACGAUGUCGAAAAGUCCAAAGCCUGGAUUCAAGGCUGCUUUGACCUCGAGAACUGCUGGAACUUCGUUAUUGAGCUCCUUCCCUCUGCACCGGAUGCUUCCACCAACACCUCGCCACGCGUUAUCGGUAUGAUAGGUGCGGUGCGAGCGCCUGAAGUCGGCUACAUGUUGAAUAAUAAUUAUUGGGGCAAGGGCUACGCGACGGAAGCAUUGCGAGGAUAUAUACCACUCUUCUUCGAGCACUUUUCAGGGGGCCAGCAGGAACGCUUCGAGUAUGCCGAAGCGCAUACGGACCCAGAACUCGUAGCCUCACAUAAUGUGCUCGAGAAGGUUGGGUUCAAGCUGCACGAACUGAGGGAGAAAGACUUUGCGAAUCCUAUACUAGGGCUGCGAGAUACACUGGUGUAUCGCUUGUACAGGGGGGGGUUACUGAACAGUAACAGUAGCCGGACGAAAGAUGAAUAA